AUUGGUUCAGUGCACGGCAGGAAUAUACACACUCAGGGUAUAUAUAGUGCGGUAAGGUGUGACACUUCCAAGAAACGAGAAACCCCCAAGAUUAUAAAGAAGAGCUGCGGUUGAACAUUAGAUAAUUCAGCUAUUUUUUAAGGGGAAAAAAAUCGAAUUGAGGAUGAGGGCUCAGAUCCAAAAAGUUCCUCAGAUUGUUGAGUUUCUGAAAAAGAAGUCUGUGGGACUGCAGCACUUCAAACCCACAUCCUCAGUGUGUGUGCUGGAGGAGAAGGAUGCUGUGGAGGCUGUGCGCUGCCCUCACGCUGCCUCCAGGGCGCACAGCCUGGACGCAAUCCCGGGACCCACUAAGUGGCCGCUCGUCGGCAGCAUGUUUGAACUUCACCGGAAAGGAGGUCUUAACAGGCAACACGAGGCUCUGGUUGAUUAUCAUAAGCAAUUUGGGAAGAUCUUCCGGAUGAAGCUGGCCUUUUUUGAUUCGGUGAACAUCGGCUCACCUUGCUUGCUGGAGUCGCUUUACAGGAAGGAGGGCAAGUACCCGCAGAGACUGGAGAUCAAACCCUGGACAGCAUACAGAGACCUGAGAGACGAGGCGUACGGACUGCUCAUUCUAGAGGGGAAAGACUGGCAGAGGGUGAGGAGCGUUUUCCAGCAGAAACUCAUGAAACCGACAGAGGUGGUGAAGCUUGACCGCAAAAUAAAUGAGGUGUUGAUGGACUUCAUGGGGAGAAUUGGACAAAUAAACGUCAGUGGAAGGAUUAAAGACCUUUACUUCGAGCUAAACAAAUGGUCUUUUGAGACAAUCUGCCUCGUCCUCUACGACAACAGAUUUGGUCUCCUGCAGAAGGAAGUCAACGAGGAGGCCAUGAACUUCAUCACCGCCGUGAAAACAAUGAUGAGCACGUUUGGCAUGAUGAUGGUCACACCGGUGAAGCUCCACAAGAGCCUCAACACCAAAAGAUGGCAGGUCCACACGGAAGCAUGGGACCGCAUCUUUAGCACAGCAAAAGUCUACAUAGACAGGAGGCUGAAGAACAAUGCUGCCAGAGCUCCUGAUGACUUGAUCGGUGACAUCUUACACCAAAGUAACCUCUCUAAGAAGGAGCUGUACGCAGCCAUCACAGAGCUGCAGAUCGGAGGAGUCGAGACGACUGCCAACAGUAUGCUGUGGGUUAUUUUCAACCUGUCACGUAACCCAGGCGCCCAGAGAAAGUUGUUGGAGGAGAUCAGAGAGGUGGUGGCUCCCGACCAAGACCCUUGUGGCGAGCACAUCAAGAACAUGCCCUACCUAAAGGCCUGCCUCAAAGAGUCCAUGAGGUUAUCACCGUCAGUCCCGUUCACCAGCAGGACUAUGGACAAAGACACUGUGUUGGGAGAUUAUGCCAUUCCCAAAGGGACAAUCGUUAUGAUAAACAGCCAUGCAAUGGGCUCAAACGAGGAAUACUUUGAGGAAGGGAAGCAGUUCAAACCUGAGCGCUGGCUACGGGAGAACAACAACAUCAACCCCUUCGCCCACGUCCCCUUCGGCAUCGGAAAGAGGAUGUGCAUCGGCAGACGGCUUGCAGAGCUGCAGCUACAGCUGGCGAUGUGCUGGUUGGUCAGAGAAUAUAAGAUUGUUGCAACAGAUAAUGAGCCGCUCAACGUGAUCCACUCAGGAGUUUUGGUUCCCGAAAGAGAACUUCCUGUUGCCUUCAUCAAGAGAUAAUGCUCCAUAUUCAACUCUUGUGGAUGUAGUGAGAGGAAGAUGAUACCUCUGUUGCCAUGGCACUGAUGAUCCAGUGACUCCCUGUAUUGCUGGACUGUAAAUAGAAACAUAAGAAACAAAAAUGAUUAUACAUGUUAUCAUGCCAUACAUACCUCAAACUUAUUUAAAACAAUUACUUAUUACUGAUGAUGACUGACCAAAAUACCAGUUUUGUGCAAAUUAAAUAUUGUACCAAGCAGCUGUGUAUGUAAAUGUAUAAUUAUUAUUUUUCCUUGUUUAAUAACUUAUAUCUUAUAUCGCCUAUUUACAUUUAAAUAUAUAUAGGUCUUUUUUUUUCAUUGUGUAUAUAACGUACCUUUAUGAUAUUGUUAUAUUGUAUAUAUACAUAUAUAUAUAUAUAUAUAUAUAUAUAUGUAUAUAUAUAUAUAUAUAUAUAUAUAUAUAUAUAUAUUUAAAUGUAAUAUAUGUGUAAUAUUGUUUUAUGUAGAGACAUAUUUUGUUCACUGAAAUAAAAUACACUCAUAAAUGUAUAUUUUGGUGCAUUGCCAAUACUUGGUAUUAUGGGUGAUUAGACUUUUUACAGCUUGAGUACAGAGCUAAAUAAACAGUUAAAAAGCUUAGUAUUCCUGCCCAGGUCUGUUUUCUCUAUCAAACAAGCUCUGUUUUUUUUCAAUCUGAUGCUGGAUUAAACUAAGGAUAACUAUAGCUAAUCUGUACUUUUUCAAGUCAAAUAAAUCUAAAUAUUUUCAGAUCAAAAAGUUUGAUUAAAUGCUUUCAAAUGAUGUGAAACGGUCACUUGUGUUUAGCAUAAUGUCUUUCUGUGUAGCUUGUGACUCUUAAAAUGAAGAAUUGUCUGCUGGUGACCAAGUUCUGGCCUCAAGAGCUUUUUCUCUUCAGAAAGAUUUUUUCAGGCAUGAAAAGUUAAAGUGUGCAGGAUUUGACAUACAAUUGUCUUUCUUAUAUAUUUUUUUGACACUAAUAAAAGGUUUUCAUUAUAUAUUUUUAAAUGUAAUCAUAAACUUAUUGAAACCGGGAUUUUUGAAAAGAAGUGAUGAGAUUUCUAACAUGUUGUGUUGCCAUUAACCUCUGGAAUUCAACAUUAUAAAAAAAACAAUGGUUGUAAUGAAAGUACAUGUAAAAAAUGUAAUAUGAUACAAAAAUAUAUAUUAGAGGCUCCAGCUCUGUUGAAUGUCUGUUAUGUCGUAAUUAAAUAGAUUAAAAAUCCAAAUAUAUUUUUAAAAUGAAUGCAGGCAGAAAUGACAGAAAGAGUGUAAACAAAAUAUUAAUGUACAAUAAAAAUAAAACAUUUGGAAAAAGGAA